AUGUCUGAGAAGCAGCCCCCCACCGUCGUCGAGGGUGCCACCGCCGGCGAUGUCGAGGAGGAGGUCCAGCCCGCAAAGUCAGCCGAGGACCGCAAGGCGGCGUCCGCCCUCGCCAGCCUCGAUGCCGGCGGCGACGAUUCGGGAAGUGGCCAGGUCGAUGUCGAUGCCGCCCAGAAGGCGAUCAAGGGUCUUGGUGGCGCCACCGCUGCCAAGAAGGAGGUGAAGAACGUUAAGGUCGAUGCCGCCGAUGUUGCCCUGCUGGUUGACGAAUUGGAGCUCACCAAGCCCAAGGCGACGGAGCUGCUCAAGGCCAACGACGGAGACGCUGUCAAGGCGAUGAAAGCAUCAGAUGACCAAAGUCUCAAGCUUCAAAUAGAAUUGGACGCCCUUCCUCCCAAGUGGACUGCAUGGGACAUCCCUCGUUUCUACCAAGACUGCGUGCUCAGCGUGAUUCGACUUGAACCAGACUACGCCCUUGACGGCUUUAACACCUCGAUGAACGUCGGCUUCUUGCCGUCACUGACAUUGAUACACAAAGCUGAACCAUGA